GAGUUUACCACCAGAGUCUCCAGGAACUUUGCUUUUAGUUAGCAGUGAUUCCAGCAGUAGUUCAAGUGAUGACUCUCCCGCACGAUCAGUUCAGUCUGCAGCAGUACCGGCACCCACCUCCCAGUUGCUUUCAUCUUUGGAAAAAGAUGAGCCCCGUAAAAGUUUUGGGAUCAAGGUUCAGAAUCUUCCAGUACGCUCUACAGAUACAAGCCUUAAAGAUGGCCUUUUUCAUGAAUUUAAGAAAUUUGGAAAGGUGACUUCAGUGCAGAUACAUGGAGCUUCAGAAGAGAGGUAUGGUCUGGUAUUUUUUCGGCAGCAAGAGGACCAAGAAAAAGCAUUGACUGCAUCAAAAGGAAAACUUUUCUUUGGCAUGCAGAUUGAAGUAACAGCAUGGAUAGGACCAGAAACAGAGAGUGAAAAUGAGUUUCGCCCCUUGGAUGAAAGGAUAGAUGAAUUUCACCCCAAAGCAACAAGAACUCUCUUUAUUGGCAACCUCGAGAAAACCACUACUUACCAUGACCUUCGCAACAUCUUCCAGCGCUUUGGAGAAAUUGUGGACAUUGAUAUUAAGAAAGUAAAUGGAGUUCCUCAGUAUGCAUUCUUGCAAUACUGUGAUAUUGCCAGUGUUUGUAAAGCUAUUAAGAAGAUGGAUGGGGAAUACCUUGGAAAUAAUCGUCUCAAGCUGGGUUUUGGAAAGAGCAUGCCUACAAACUGCGUAUGGUUAGAUGGGCUUUCUUCAAAUGUGUCAGAUCAGUAUUUAACACGACAUUUCUGCCGAUACGGGCCUGUAGUAAAGGUGGUGUUUGACCGCUUAAAAGGCAUGGCCCUGGUUCUCUACAAUGAAAUAGAAUAUGCACAAGCAGCUGUAAAAGAGACCAAGGGGAGGAAAAUCGGUGGGAAUAAAAUUAAGGUGGAUUUUGCAAAUCGUGAAAGCCAGCUGGCAUUUUAUCACUGCAUGGAGAAAUCUGGUCAAGAUAUCAGAGACUUUUAUGAAAUGUUAAUAGAAAGAAGAGAGGAGCGAAGGGGAUCCUACGACUAUAACCAGGAUCGUACAUACUACGAGAAUGUCCGGACUCCAGGCACAUAUCCUGAAGAUUCCAGGCGGGACUAUCCAGCUCGAGGGAGAGAAUUUUAUUCAGAAUGGGAAACUUACCAAGGAGACUACUAUGAAUCACGCUAUUAUGAUGAUCCUCGGGAAUACAGAGAUUACAGGAAUGAUCCUUAUGAACAAGAUAUUCGGGAAUACAGUUACAGGCAAAGGGAGCGGGAAAGAGAACGCGAGAGAUUUGAGUCUGACCGGGACAGAGACCAUGAGAGAAGGCCAAUCGAACGAAGCCAGAGUCCGGUGCACUUGCGCCGUCCACAGAGUCCUGGAGCGUCUCCCUCCCAGUCAGAGAGGCUGCCCAGUGAUUCCGAGAGGAGGCUUUACAGCCGGUCCUCAGACCGGAGCGGCAGCUGCAGCUCACUCUCUCCUCCGAGGUAUGAUAAACUUGACAAAUCUCGUCUGGAGCGCUAUACAAAAAAUGAAAAGGCAGAUAAAGAGCGAACUUUUGAUCCCGAGAGAGUGGAGAGAGAGAGACGCUUGAUAAGGAAGGAAAAAGUGGAAAAGGACAAAACUGAGAAGCAGAAACGAAAAGGAAAAAUUCACUCCCCUAGUUCUCAGUCUUCAGAAACAGACCAAGAAAAUGAGAGAGAACAGAGCCCUGAAAAGCCAAGGAGUUCUAAUAAACUGAGCAGAGAGAAAGCUGACAAAGAAGGAAUAGCAAAAAACCGCCUGGAACUGAUGCCUUGUGUGGUUUUGACCCGAGUGAAAGAAAAAGAAGGAAAGGUCGUCGACCACGCUCCUGUGGAAAAGCUGAAAGCCAAGUUUGACAGCGACACCAUCAAGUCUUCUGCCCUGGAGCAGAAACUUCAGGUCUCUCAUACUGAGCCUGCAAAGUCUGACUCGUCUAAACUGGAAUCUGUUAGAAUGAAAGUGCCAAAGGAAAAGGUGCUUUCGAGCCACAUUGAAGUAGUAGACAAGGACAGCAGGCUUAAAACCAGGAAGCACCUGAAACCAGAGCAGCCUGCCGACGGAGUGAGUGCUGUGGAUCUGGAGAAGCUGGAAGCAAGGAAAAGGCGUUUUGCAGAUUCCAAUUUGAAAGCAGACAGGCAAAAACCAGAAGUCAAGAAAAGCAGUCCAGAGAUGGAGGAUGCUCGAGUUCUUUUGAAAAAGCAGCCUGACGUAUCGUCUAGAGAUGUCAUCCUGCUGAAGGAAGGAGAGGCUGAAAGAAAGCCUGUGAGGAAAGAAAUUCUUAAAAGAGAAUCCAGAAAAAUCAAACUGGACAGACUAAAUGCUGUUCCCAGCCCCAAAGACUGUCAGGAGCUUACCAGUCUUCCUGUUGGUUCUGGCUCAAGGCCCAGCUCAGACCUACAAGCAAGACUGGGAGAGCCAGUAGGUGAAUCUGUGGAAAAUCAAGAAAUCCAAUCAAAAAAACCCACUCACUCAAAACCGCAGCUCAAACAGUUACAGCUAUUAGAUGAUCAAGGAUCAGAAAGAGAGGAUGUUAGGAAAAACUAUUGCAGUCUUCGUGAUGAAACACCUGAACAUAAAUCAGGCCAAGAGAAAUCACAUUCAGUAAAUACUGAAGAAAAAAUUGGCAUCGACAUUGAUCACACACAGAGUUACCGAAAACAAAUGGAGCAGAGUCGUAGAAAACAGCAGAUGGAGAUGGAAAUAGCCAAGUCUGAGAAGUUUGGCAGUCCUAAAAAAGAUAUAGAUGAAUAUGAAAGACGUAGCCUUGUUCAUGAGGUAGGCAAACCCCCUCAAGAUGUCACCGAUGACUCACCUCCCAGCAAAAAGAAAAGGAUGGAUCAUGUUGAUUUUGAUAUCUGCACCAAGAGAGAGAGGAAUUACAGAAGUUCACGCCAAAUCAGCGAAGAUUCUGAAAGGACUGGUUGUUCCCCCAGUAUCCGACACGGUUCCUUUCCUGAAGAUGAUGAUCCCAUAGGCUCCCCUAGGCUAAUGUCAGUGAAAGGGUCUCCUAAAGUAGAUGAAAAAGGUCUCCCCUAUUCUAACAUAACAGUCAGGGAAGAGUCUUUAAAAUUUAAUCCUUAUGAUUCUAGUAGGAGAGAACAGAUGGCAGACAUUGCCAAAAUAAAGCUGUCUGUCUUGAAUUCUGAAGAUGAACUAAAUCGUUGGGACUCUCAAAUGAAACAAGAUGCCAGCAGAUUUGACGUGAGUUUCCCAAACAGCAUAAUUAAGAGAGACAGCCUUCGGAAAAGGUCUGUACGAGAUCUGGAACCUGGGGAGGUGCCUUCUGAUUCCGAUGAAGAUGGUGAACACAAAUCGCACUCUCCAAGAGCCUCAGCAUUAUUUGAAAGUUCCCGAUUAUCUUUUUUAUUGAGGGACAGAGAAGACAAACUACGUGAGCGAGAUGAAAGACUCUCUAGUUCUUUAGAGAGGAACAAAUUUUAUUCUUUUGCAUUGGAUAAGACAAUCACACCAGACACUAAAGCUUUGCUUGAAAGAGCAAAAUCCCUCUCUUCAUCUCGAGAAGAAAAUUGGUCUUUUCUUGACUGGGACUCUCGAUUUGCUAAUUUUCGGAACAACAAAGAUAAAGAAAAGGUCGACUCUGCUCCGAGACCUAUUCCUUCCUGGUACAUGAAAAAGAAGAAAAUCAGGACUGAUUCCGAAGGGAAAAUGGAUGAUAAAAAAGAUGAUCACAAGGAAGAAGAGCAGGAGAGGCAAGAACUAUUUGCUUCUCGUUUCUUGCACAGCUCAAUCUUUGAACAGGACUCCAAGCGACUGCAGCAUCUAGAGAGAAAGGAUGAAGACUCCGACUUCAUUUCUGGUAGAUUGUAUGGUAGGCAGACGUCUGAUGGAGCAAACAGCACAGCCGAGUUAAUUCAAGAGCCAGUAGUUCUAUUCCAUAGCAGAUUUAUGGAGCUCACACGAAUGCAACAGAAAGAAAAGGAAAAAGACCAAAAACCCAAAGAGGUUGAGAAACAGGAAGAUACAGAGAAUCAUCCUAAGACCCCGGAAUCUGCUUCUGAGAAUAAAGAGUCAGAACUGAAAACGCCACCUUCAGUUGGGCCUCCUAGUGUCACAGCUGUAACUCCAGACUCAACGUUAUCAGCACUGGAGAAGACGACCAGUGACAAAAUAGUGGAGGUGCCUCCGGUAACAGAAGAGAGGACCGUGGAGCCAGCCGCUGUCUCAGAAGAAGCAAAGCCGGCGACUGAACUGGCUGCUGCCCCCGUGGAACAGCCCGAGCAAGUAGACCUGGCCCCAGGAGUGGACACCGGUAAAGAUGCUGCCACGGCGGCCCCUUCUGUUGAAGAAGGUUCAUCGAGUGACCAGCUGCCUUAUCUAGAUGCCAAGCCUCCAACUCCUGGGGCCUCGUUUUCCCAGGCAGAGAGCAGUGUAGACCCAGAACCUGACAGUACCCAACCACUUUCUAAACCAACUCAGAAGUCUGAGGAAGCCAAUGAGCCACAAGUCGAAAAGCUGGACUCAGCUGCUGACACAGAGCCUGCUGCACAUCAGAAAGCUGACGUUGCCCCUGAGGUUCAGCCUCAAGCUUCAGAAGAGUUAGAAGUUGAUCCUCCAGUUACUACAAAAGAUAAGAAGCCCAACAAAAGUAAGCGUUCCAAGACCCCAGUUCAGGCAGCUGCAGCUAGUGUCGUGGAGAAGCCCGUGACGAGGAAGAGCGAGAGAAUAGACCGGGAGAAACUAAAGCGGUCCAAUUCUCCUCGGGGAGAAGCACAGAAGCUUUUAGAAUUGAAGAUGGAGGCGGAAAAGAUUACAAGGACUGCCUCUAAAAACUCUGCUGUGGACCCUGAACACCCGGAACCGAGUUUGCCUCUCAGCCGAACAAGGCGACGGAAUGUAAGGAGUGUUUAUGCGACCACAGCUGACCACGAGAGACGCUCUCCAGUCAAAGAGCCUGUCGAGCAGCUAAGAGUGACCAGAAAGAGGUUGGAGCGAGAGCUUCAGGAGGCUGCGGCAGCUCCCACCACCCCUCGGAGGGGAAGGCCUCCAAAAACACGCCGUCGAGCUGAUGAAGAGGAUGAGAACGAGGCCAAAGAGCCCACAGAAACAGUCAAGCCAGCGGAGGGGUGGCGAUCUCCCCGAUCUCAAAAGAACACAGCCACUGGUGGUCCCCAGGGGAAAAAGGGGAAAAAUGAACCGAAGGUUGAUGCUACACGUCCUGAUGCUACCACUGAGGUGGGCCCCCAAAUAGGUGGGAGAGAGAGUCACACGGCAGCUAAGGCUGGGGAGGAGGAGGCAGGAAGCCAGCAGAAACGUGACAGCAAAGAAGCCGGCACAGACAAGCAUCCCCCUGCAACCGCCCCCACUGAAGUGGUGGAGAAGAAGCCAGCCCCCGAGAAGCCCUCCAAAUCAAAAAGAGGAAGAUCUCGAAACUCGAGAUCAGCAGUGGACAAAUCUGCAAGUCUGGAAAAUGUGGGUGCUGCUGUCAGCCCCAGGGGGGCUGCCGGGGCGGCGGGACAGGCAGGGGAGAAGGAAGCCGUGGUGGUGGCAGUCUCCCCCGAGAAAAGUGAGAGUCCCCAAAAGGAAGGUGGUUCAUCAUCCCAGUUGAAAAGUGAUCCAGUUGAUCCAGACAAGGAAGCAGAGAAGGAAGAUGUGUCUGCCUCUCAGCUGUCCCCGGAAGCCACUCAGUUAGCCAAGCAGAUGGAGCUGGAGCAGGCUGUGGAGAACAUCGCAAAGCUCACGGAAACCUCCGCCAACGCAGCCUACAAGGCAGCCGCCACGGACGCUCCAGAGGGCCUCGCCUCAGAGGACAGGGACAAGCCUGCACACCAAGCGAGCGAAACAGAGCUGGCUGCAGCCAUUGGCUCCAUCAUCAAUGACAUUUCUGGGGGGGAGCCAGAAAACUUUCCGGCCCCUACACCUUACCCGACGGAAUCUCACACAGAUGCGCAGCCCCACGCACAAGCGCUGCGGCCUGCCGAGGAGGGAGUGGAGCCCGAGACCAACGAGGCCGUGUCUGGCCUAUUGGACACCGAGGCUGCUACAGAAUCUUCUGGGCCGUCAGUCAGUGCCCCUGCCCCCUCAUCAGGCCCAGCGGAUACCAAGGAAGCCAAAGGGAAUAGCAGUGAAACCCCUCACUCAGUGCAGGAGGCCAAAGGGUCCAAAGAAGCAGAAGUUGCUCUUGUCCGGAAAGACAAAGGGCGCCAGAAGACGACCCGGUCACGCCGCAAACGCAAUACGAACAAGAAAGUGGGGGCUCCUGUGGAGACCCACGUCUCAGAAUCUGACCAGGCUCAAAGCAAGAGUCCUGCUGCAAGUGAGGGGACAGCGGCGCAACCCCCAGAACCUCCACAGGAAGAAAAGCAGAGCGAAAAACCUCCCUCCACUUCUCCUCAGCCGUGUGUUCCUGACCCAGGCAAGACUCCAUGUGCAGAGAAUGUGUCCCAGGAAAGCAGUGUUGAAGAAAAGACUCCAACCAAAGUGUCUGUGCUCCCAGACCCGCCCCCUGCCUCGCAGCCGGCACCGGUGGAUGGUGAUCCUCAAGCCAGGUUCAAGGUGCACUCAGUCAUUGAGAGUGAUCCGGUGACACCGCCCAGCGACCCCAGCAUGCCCACACCCGUGCUUCCUUCUGUAACUGCAGCAAAGCUCCCACCCCCUGUCACCUCUGGGGGCAUGCCACACCAGAGCCCCCCUACUAAGGUGACAGAGUGGAUCACAAGGCAGGAGGAGCCACGGGCUCAGUCCACCCCAUCUCCAGCUCUUCCCCCAGACACAAAGGCCUCUGAUGUAGACACCAGCUCCAGCACGCUGAGGAAGAUUCUCAUGGAUCCCAAGUACGUGUCUGCACCAGGUGUCACUUCCACGAGUGUCACCACGGCCAUUGCAGAGCCCGUCAGCGCUGCCCCUUGCCUGCAUGAGGCACCACCCCCUCCAGUUGAAUCUAAAAGGCCCCUUUUAGAAGAAAAAACAGCUCCAGUUACAAACGCCUCCAACACCCAAGCCUCAGAGCUUCCAGCAGCUACUGACAAAGAAAAGGUGGCUCCAGUCAUUGCUCCCAAAAUUACUUCUGUUAUUAGUCGAAUGCCUGUCAGCAUUGAUUUGGAGAACUCACAGAAGAUAACCCUGGCAAAACCAGCUCCUCAGACCCUGACCGGCCUGGUGAGCGCCCUGACGGGCCUGGUGAACGUCUCCCUGGUCCCAGUCAAUGCCCUGAAAGGCCCCGUGAAGGGCUCGGUGGCCACACUGAAGGGUUUGGUGAGCACCCCUGCUGGGCCCGUGAACGUCCUGAAGGGGCCGGUGAACGUUCUCACGGGGCCAGUGAACGUUCUCACUACCCCAGUGAACGCCACGGUGGGCACAGUGAACGCAGCCACGGGGGUGGUGAAUGCUGCCACGGGCACAGUCAAUGCUGCAGCAGGUGCAGUGAAUGCCACCGCAAGUGCAGUGACAGUCACAGCAGGUGCAGUUACUGCCACAUCUGGUGGUGUGACUGCCACGACAGGUGCAGUGACUAUGGGAGGCGCAGUGAUUGCGCCGUCGGCAAAGUGCAAACAGAGAUCGAGCACUAACGAAAACAGUCGGUUCCAUCCAGGGUCUAUGUCUGUGAUUGACGAUCGUCCAGCAGACACAGGCUCUGGUGCGGGGCUGCGUGUGAACACUUCAGAAGGGGUCGUGCUCCUGAGCUAUUCGGGGCAGAAGACCGAAGGCCCGCAGAGGAUCAGUGCAAAGAUCAGCCAGAUCCCCCCGGCCAGUGCGAUGGACAUUGAAUUUCAGCAGUCAGUGUCCAAGUCCCAGCUCAAGCCCGAUUCUGUCACAGCGUCCCAGCCUCCACCCAAAGGCCCUCAGGCCCCUGCAGGCUAUGCAAACGUGGCCACCCAUUCCACGCUGGUACUGACUGCCCAGACGUAUAACGCGUCUCCCGUGAUUUCGUCUGUGAAGGCCGACCGCCCAUCCUUGGAGAAGCCCGAGCCCAUUCACCUCUCAGUGUCCACACCUGUCACUCAGGGUGGCACAGUGAAGGUUCUCACCCAGGGCAUAAACACUCCCCCGGUGCUGGUUCACAACCAGCUGGUCCUCACCCCAAGCAUAGUGACCACGAAUAAAAAGCUUGCUGACCCCGUCACCCUCAAAAUCGAGACCAAGGUCCUCCAGCCGGCAAACCUGGGGUCCACUCUCACACCCCACCACCCUCCUGCUCUGCCCAGCAAACUGCCUGCAGAAAUGAACCACGUCACCUCAGGGCCCAGCACCCCGACAGAGCGAACCGUCUCCCACUUGGCAGCCACAAAGCCAGACGCACAUGCUCCUCGACCCAGCGGACCCACACCGGCCCCAUUCCCGAGGGCGAGCCACCCCAGCAGCACCGCGUCCACGGCGCUGUCAACCAACGCCACAGUCAUGCUUGCUGCAGGCAUCCCAGUGCCUCAGUUCAUUUCUAGCAUACACCCAGAGCAGUCUGUCAUCAUGCCGCCCCAUAGCAUCACCCAGACUGUGUCUCUGAGCCACUUGUCCCAGGGCGAGGUGAGAAUGAGCACACCCACGCUGCCCAGUAUCACCUACAGCAUCCGGCCAGAGACGCUUCACUCUCCUCGGGCCCCCUUGCAGCCCCAGCAAAUAGAGGUCAGGGCGCCACAGCGGGCCGGCACCCCCCAGCCAGCCACAGCUGGUGUGCCUGCGCUGGCCUCCCAGCACCCUCCCGAGGAGGAAGUGCAUUACCACCUCCCCGUUGCCCGAGCGGCGGCCCCUGUGCAGUCAGAGGUGCUGGUCAUGCAGUCUGAGUACCGGCUGCACCCGUACACCGUGCCCCGGGACGUGCGGAUCAUGGUGCAUCCGCACGUGACCGCUGUCAGCGAGCAGCCCCGGACAGCAGAUGGGGUGGUGAAGGUGCCACCGGCCAGCAAGGCCCCUCCACAGCCAGGGAAAGAAGCCACCAAGACAUCAGAUGCCAAAGCAGCCCCCGCCCCUCACGGUGAGGCCCGCAUCCUCACAGUCACCCCCAGCAACCAACUCCAGGGGCUGCCUCUGACCCCCCCUGUGGUGGUGACCCAUGGGGUGCAGAUCGUGCACUCCAGUGGGGAGCUGUUCCAAGAAUACAGGUACGGCGACAUCCGCACCUACCAUGCCCCAGCUCAGCUAACGCACACUCAGUUUCCUGCUGCUUCCUCCAUUGGCCUGCCUGCCCGGACCAAGACUCCUGCGCAGGGCCCUCCUCCUGAAGGUGAGCCCUUGCAGCCUGCUCAGCCCUCGCAGUCCACACAGCCUGCCCCGCCUGUGCAGUCUACACAGCCUGCCCCAUCUGCGCCAUCCUGCCCACCCUCCCAGCUCAGCCAGCCUGGCCAGCCACCGAGCAGCAAGAUGCCUCAGGUCUCCCAAGAGGCAAAGGGGACCCAGACAGGAGGCACAGAGCAGCCUCGCCUCCCAGCUGGCCCUGCGAACAGGCCGCCUGAGCCUCAUGCCCAGGUUCAGAGGGCGCAAGUGGAAACAGGCCAGACUUCCUACCCCUCCCCCGUGUCUGUGUCCAUGAAGCCUGACCUCCCAGCCCCUCUUCCUGCUCAGGCUGUCCCAAAGCAGCCAUUGUUUGUCCCCACAACCUCGGGCCCCAGCACCCCACCAGGACUGGCUCUGCCGCACACUGAAGCCCAGCCAACCCCCAAACAAGAUGCGUCUCCACACUUGACUUCCCAGAGACCUGUGGAUAUGGUUCAGCUUCUGAAGAAGUACCCCAUCGUAUGGCAGGGCCUCCUGGCCCUCAAGAAUGACACAGCUGCUGUGCAGCUCCACUUCGUCUCCGGCAACAAUGUUCUGGCCCAUCGGUCCCUGCCCCUCUCUGAAGGAGGACCCCCGCUGAGGAUCGCCCAGAGGAUGCGGCUGGAGGCCUCGCAGCUGGAAGGAGUUGCCCGAAGGAUGACGGUGGAGACAGAUUACUGUCUGCUGCUGGCUCUGCCCUGUGGCCGUGACCAAGAGGACGUUGUGAGCCAGACUGAGUCCCUCAAAGCUGCCUUCAUCACUUACCUGCAGGCCAAGCAGGCAGCGGGGAUCAUCAACGUCCCCAACCCUGGCUCCAAUCAGCCUGCCUAUGUGCUGCAGAUCUUUCCACCCUGCGAGUUUUCUGAGAGUCACCUGUCCCGUCUGGCCCCAGAUCUCCUUGCCAGCAUCUCCAACAUUUCUCCCCACCUCAUGAUUGUCAUUGCCUCUGUGUGAGCCACUGAAUGCUCCCCACCUCAGUGUACUUUCCCGAGGCUCUGCAGCAAAAAUAAACACAGGACAACCCAGCCACGUGGAGGAAGAAGCUGCUGAAGGGGACAGACUCCACUGCCAGACGGCCAGCCUCUUGCUCUCCUGCCUGCCCGCCUCAGUCGGACAGACUUCUCUGGGCAGUGGUGCUGCUACCUUGUAUGUUUACAUGACGCUUUAGCCCAAGGACAGACCACCAACCGACGGACUCGCAGACGCCUGGGGCUGGGUUUCUCUCUUUUUGGAGAAAAGGAACAGGGCAGUGGAAUGAAUUUUUUUUGUUUUUAAGAAACAAGAAAACAGAACUGCCUUUGCACUAAAUUAGUGACUUGGACUUUUGCACAGUGAAGACAGGCUGUGACACUCUGGAUAUCUUGGUGUGCGUGAACACACAUCGCGGACGCUAAUGCGGGAAGGACCUUAACUUCUGCUGAGACCUUGGGGUCAAGGAACAUUUCAUUGGGUUUUUUUGUCCCCACCCCUCCCUUUCCCUUGCUCACUUGGAUGCAUCAUCUUUCUGAAUUCUCCUGCUGCCACCGUCUUUGAUUCACCGGGAUGUACAGUUUACAAUUGAAAAAGGGCAAA